AUGUUCAUCAGAAGCCGUAGUAACAGUCUACCGUCAGUCGCAGCCAGUAUAACCAGUGAUAAGCAAUCUCAAAAUGAAGAAUCAGAGUCUAAAAAUGCAGAAAAACCGGUAAAUCUGUGGCAAAACAAUCAAGUACCUCCUAAAAGGCAAAAGAGAAAGGAAACAAGCCCAAUUUGCAGUGACUAUACUAAGAAAUCAAAGAAUACACCCAUUUUCGCAGUGCCUACGCACAACAAAUUUGAUAUCCUCAACAGUGAGGAAACAGAAGAACUGGUCCCGGUUAAAGAAUAUAUACCUAAACCCGAACCUAUUUUUGUGACAGGAGUCAUGGACGUUACAGCAUUAAAAGCCACUCUAAAUAAAAUUAUUGACAACAAACUAUACAAAAUGACAACAUUAAGAUCCAGCCAUAUCAUUAAGCUAAUGCUUAACGAUAUACAAACCUAUAAAGCAAUCCGAGAGCAGUUUAUAACCAACAAUAUAUCACAAUAUACUUAUAAAUUAAAAUGUGAAAGAGCAUAUAGAGUUGUACAACGUGGACUACACUCCACAGAAGAUACUUCUCUAAUAAAACAAGAGUUAAAAGAACAAGGACAUGAGCAUGAUGGACAAAAUGAUGGACCGAAUGAUCCGGCUUAUCUCAAGCCUGAUAACAAAAUGAUUAAUACACUCCGAACACUUGGAACGCCAAUGGCU